AUGUCUGCUCACCAAGAGUCCACCUUCACCAGCAACAAGUUUGUUGACCCUACACCUCUUCCCGCCAAUGUUCCCAAGGUUGAAGAAGUUGGUGCAACAUCCGCCCCUUUGAAGAGUGCUUCUUUCUUCAUUGGUCAAUACUGCAGAGAGUACAACGAUGACUUUAUGCUCUGCAAGAAUGAGAACAAUGACCCCGCUCAUUGCUUGAAGGAGGGUAGAAAGGUUACCCGUUGUGCUAUUGACUUGAUUACCAAGCUCCGGGAGAACUGUGGUAAGGAGUUUGACGCACACUGGCAGUGCUUGGAAAACCACAAUCAGGAACUCUUCAACUGCCGCAAGCCCGAACGUACCUUUAACACCUGUGUCUUUGAGAAGCUGGGCUUGGAGAAGAAGAUUCCUGGCUCCCCAGAAGGCCAGGAGCAGGUUCACAACAAAAAGAACCCCUCUAUCAACAUUCAGUUGAAAUAA